AUACAAUCGACAUAAACAAAACACGCCGCUUGUGUGCGGGCCUUGUCGUUGCCACUCCUUGCUAAGAAAUAAUUUUGUUUUAAUGUGGAAAUUACUCUCGCUAUGGACCGUGCUGGUGAUGGCAGGCGGCCUGAAAGGCUCAAGCGCACAGUUUUCCGACAUUUUUGAUGAAGAGCUGUUCAUAAAACCGCUGCCGGAUAAGUUCGUCUACAGCUACUUCCAGUUCACGACCCGCUGGGAGCUGGGCAAAAAUGAUAGCCUGCUUCACACUAACCUGGUGUCCCGACCGCUGGCCGAGCUGUUCCAUCACUUCGGCGUGCAGGAGCUGCACCUUAGCUUCACGUACGGCCUGUGGCGGUACGAAUCAUGGGGCUACCCGGUGACGGAUGCCGGCCCCGGUGCGGAAGUGUGGGCCUGGUUUGAACCGACCACUGACCAUCGCGCCUCCAUCGACCACCGGUGGAAGAUGCUGUGCGGAACACUUUCCGGGCUGUUCUGCGCCUCGCUUAGCUUCAUCGAGCCGAGCAACACGUUCGUGCCGGUGUACACGCUGCGACCGCAAACGCAUCACUUCCCGGGACGGCCGGAACCGAUCCUUCGCUAUGCCGCACUGCCGCGGGAAAUUGUCUGCACGGAAAACCUAACCCCGUGGGCGAAGCUGUUACCGUGCCGGUCGCGCGAGGGUCUCGUAUCGCUGCUCGUGCCGGACAGCAUCUACUCGAGCAAUUACCACUCGCUCGGCGUGCACAUCCGGAAGCUGUGCGGGGAUGAGGCGUGCAGCGAGUUCCAGCUGGAGGUGAAGCAGACGGUAAGCGUGGUGCAGGAUCUGCGACUGUUUGGCGGCCCGAACUGGUCCAUCCGCAAGCUGUUCGGCCAGGGGAUGGAGGGUUCGUGCGCACUGGCCACCACCAGCAACGUGUACGUGGACGUGACCGACAGCGAGGGGGCGCUGGAGAUAUCGCAGCAACCCGACGAAACGAUCCUUUCGGUCAGGGGCGGAGUGCGCACGCAGCUGCACCGGUUCGACGUGAAGCAGUUUGAAGCGAUCACGGCCAAGGGCCGCCGGGCCAUGUUCAAUGUGGCCGUAAUGGACAAGCGCGAUCCGAACGUGAUCGUGGUGGCCGGGCCGCCGCCCCUCUACGCGAAACGCUUCAUCCUGGGCGUUGGACAGGAGCGGGGCAAAAUCGUCACGCAAAUCACGAACGCCCACUGGGGUGCGCUGGAUUUGAUCGUGUUCGAAACCAUCCCGUGGUUUGUGCCCGUCUACCUGCACACGCUCACCAUCCGCCGGGCGGGGGGUGAGCGUAUCGAGCCCGCCUUCCUGCACUACACACCGGGCGUGCAGCGGGAGCGGCCGUACGGGCUGGAGGUUGCGUUCCGCAUCCCGGCCCGCGCUACCAUCGAGCUGUCGAUUGAUUUCGACUACAUUUUCCUCAAGUGGCAAGAGUACCCGCCGGAUGCGAACCAUGGCCACUACAUUCCAUCGUCGAUCAUCUCGCUGCUGCUGCCGUCCGCCCGCAACUACACCUCCAUUCCGCGGGAGGCGGCCCUGUUCCGGGAGUCGUUCAAUGCGACCCAGCUGGCCGGCUACUUUCUGCAGGUGCGGACCGAGGCGCUGCUGCUGACGCUUCCGACGCCGGACUUUAGCAUGCCGUACAAUGUGAUCUGCCUGACGUGUACGGUGGUGGCGCUUGCAUUUGGGCCGAUCCAUAACAUCUCCACGAAGCGCAUCGUGGCGAAGGGCAAGGAAAAGGACAAAGUGUCGCUCGGGGAGAAGGUGAAGCAGUUUUUCAAAAUUAAUAAGAAGCCAACCAAAGAGGAGCACACGGCUAGCACGGAAGACUUGAAUGCGCCCGACACGGAAUAAAGACAUGUCCACCCUCCCAUGCACCACUAGUCAGUAUGGUUAGGAGAGGGGGAAGAGGAGGAAAAGGC